AUGCCUCGCACCCUUACAAAAGUACACAAGCAAAUCUCUAAGAAGCGCGGUGUCAUCGACUCGCUUCAUGAAAACAGCCGUGAUGCCAUCCGCUUACGUCGUGCGGGUUCUCGUGAUGAUCGACUGAACCGCCAUACCGGAGCCGUAAUGAAGGCCCGCCAACCUUACAUGGAGCGCAUUGAAUACUUCCACAACGCCGUUCAGGAUAUUGAGGAGCCUUUGACUGACGAAGGAUUGGCCGAUUUGGUUAAGCAGUGCAUUAACCGAGAUGGAGAGGAGCUCGCACAGCUUAAGCAAGAAAGGCGCAAAGGCCGCCCACCAAUCCGCCGCGAGGAGGCUUUGUCACAACGGACAGAAACAGAGGAGAAGGAGUUCAAGACCGGAUUUUGGAUGCCGGAUCUUAGCGACGAGGAUGCUUUCUUGAAGUUGAAGAACUGGAAUGGAGAGUGGACUGCUCUCAGCUCGGCCAAGUUCGUUCGGUUGGUGAUUGGUGGAGAGAAGCAAGCCUCCAGCUUCCCACCCAAGGGCAUGUCAUGA